AAAUAACUCACCUGGAAUGGCUUCGAGUUUAUCCAGCGUUCCACCCGUGAAUCCUAAUCCGCGUCCCGAGACCAUAGGUACUUUUAAUCCGCAAGCGGCUAAAGCAGGUGCCAAUAUCUAAUGGGUGAUUAAAACAAAUCCAAUACUAUGUUUGUCAACUAACACCGGUUUCCAUUCGUCUGGCCAGGAGAGCGUAUCACCUUUUGAAUUCAGACUUCGUAAAGCGUUCUCAAAAAUUGUCACCCUGGACGUUUUACAAUAUUCUGCCUUGAACGGUACUAACGACGACAAAAUGAUUGCCGCCGGAGAACCUCAAGUUUACGUUCCACACGGAAAGCAAAUUUUGGAACAGUAUGAAAGUUCUUCGUACCGACGCACUUCAGCUUUCAACACGUCGUUAGAAUCGCAGGAUGUCUUUACUUUGUCAACCUUGGGCAAAGAUAGUGAGGAAGAAACAGAAGUUUAUAUUCAUGAGAAUACUGUGGUUUGGUCGAGAGGUUAUGGAGAAGUCUAUUGGGAACUGGUGAAAAAAUACACCUGCGAUGGGUCAGUUCAACAAGCCUUUUGGUUUGACUUUGACGAGAAUCCCAACAGACCUUCGUGUGCAAAUGUCAUGUCAACUGACAAACCGAUUGGGCGGAAGAUCCCCAGCUUGUGCAUUGUGGAAAAAUCUAAAGUCACAGUUCACACCAUGAAUGGUGAUGAGUACAUUUGUGCAGUGCCAUAUGAAAUUCACCGAGUGUGGCCCACACGUUUUGGCCUUGUCUUCGAAAAAUGCCAGACUAGUAAUCCAGAUAUUCCGAACUGGUUUUCCCUAUAUCAUCCGCUGGAGGAAAUCGUCCCGGUUGUACUUCGCGAUGGUAUUGACAGGGAACAUGUGAACUUCGCCAAAGAUAAAAAACUCAAGUUCGUCUAUACGGGAAUUGACCCGUCGAUUUGCGUGACCUUCAAUGAAGAUACAGGAUUACAUUCGAUCUGGUUGAUCCGGAAAGCCGAAGUAGACGAGAGUCUUUGCGUAAGUGUCAGUAAUAAAGGGAUUUCCAAUCCAUCUGCCAAUCAAUCAGCAUUUAGUGGCACAUUUGUCCCUUCAAAUGUAGCCUCACCCUCGCUUUCGAGAAGUUUUGCUUUAUCACAAAUCUACAAUACUUCUUUUCAACAGUCACCCGCCAACUUACCCAGCAUCUUCAAUACGACAGCUAGAACACCCAAAUUCGAUCUUGACCUGUCUCAUCGAUUCAACACUCCAAAAGGUUCAAAAAAUUACGCACAACAUUUCGCCAUGUCAUCUCUUCAGUUUAACCAAUCCAAGAUUUCUGGGUCUCCGCUAAGGCGGAUAGGCUCCAAUAGCCGUACAAGUGCCAUUCUUGCUCGGACGCCUGUACCAUCUCCUUCAGCUUCGUCGCUGUUCAACGAAAUGGAAGUAGCUGACGAUGAGGAGCCACUUUUGCCUGACCUUUGUCUCCAGAUAUUGUGGUCAGAAGAUUCCAAGAAAAGCAGCUGUUCUCAGGCAGUCAAAGCUUUCGUCGCCGUCGAUUGGCUAGGCAAAUCAUGCGUUUGCUGGCUGAUGGACGACGAAAAGACCCUACGAUGCAUUGACCUCAAAGUGACGGAGAACAGAAACACUGGCAAUCCUCUUUACAUCUGUUGCGCCCAAUGGACGAUUCCCGCUAAAGAUGCCGAAUAUAUUCCUGCCCUUAAAGCUGUUCUCGUACUUGAUCCGGUACUAUCAGACGGAAACAGCCUCACGCUCUAUUCUGGCAGCACGAAACUGACCAAAGUUCACGUUCCAAAUUGCAGCCCUCCGUCAGGAACGGGCAUCUCUCUCUCGAUACAACGACUUAGUCUUGAAGCAUCUAGUAUUAACAGCAAGUUCAUUCCGUCAACGCCCCUCAAUUCAAGCCGCCGAAGUAGCCUCAUGCCUGAUUUGACCUCAUCGAUCGUGCACGAUUCGAGCGUUACUCUUAGUCCGAUUCCCGCUUCGUCUCCUCCUCUUUCUUUUCGAACGCUACAGGAUGCCGUGGGUCGUCAGGUGACACUAAAAUGCUCGGAUCGAAGUCUUUUGAGAACUUUACUACCUCCCUUAUGUACUUCGGCUCUUGUAGAACGUUGUUUGCGUUCCCUACGCGCCGCCCUGCCCCCCGAUAUUUAUUUGGCUGUUGCUGCAAAAUUCUACUGCGUUCGUAACGCUCCUGGUCCUGCAGAUUUUUCUCCUCCAGCGGAAUUUGAUGCCUUUCGUUCUACUCUUUUAACUUUGUUGGGAUUUGACGCCAAGUCGCUUGAUGCAUCCAUUUCUUCUAUUGCCAGUCCCGUCGUUGAGUCAAAGAAAAGUCGGACGAAUUUGGAAGAAGGAGCAAAUGAAGAUUGGCAAUACUUGGUGGAAUCUCAAUACGCUAAGAUAUUUCCCCAGCUUUUUGGAUUAGACUUUUUCCGCGGUUUGAAUCCGAUCGCUCAGCAAACAGUGGUACAAGUAAAUAGCGAUUCCGCCUAUUUUGCUUAUCUACCGCACGUUUUGCUCGUCCUACAUGUUCUCUUUGAAGACUUGAAGUUGGAUGCCCUCAUGUGGAGCGAUGCCCAACUAUUGGUUACCCUCCUUAUUCCAUUGGCAUCAGCUCUCAACCUGACACAGUAUUGCGAUUCUUAUUGGAGAGAUUUCCCUGCUGUUUGGAACAGCAAUAACAUCAAACUAGGUGUUGUUCAUCCGUCGGAUUUAGAUAAACUCCAAGGAAUGAUUCAACGAAUGGAAGUCCCUUGCAACAUUCACAUUCAUCUUUUGUCAUUGAUGAGCAAAAAGAAGAUUUGCACACCAUACCCUCAUGUAAAACUGGUCAAUACUCGUUCCAGAGACAUCAUUACUCUUUUUGCCAUUCUCUAUGGAACAGCCGAUGAACAUCACCUGGUAUCCGUUCACGAAUACGUUCGUGACUUUGAAUGGGUAGAACAUUCUGGCAGAGUCUCACUACCCUUCAACGUCGUGGUUCCCUCCCAGCAACGUAGACAGACCGCUUUAGUUUUAAAAAUGUCCUCAUGCGGAUGGACUCGUGAGGAUCUUAAUGCUUUGCCAGCAGGAAUAGGAUUACCUCUACGAUAUGCGCUAUUCUGUUGUCAACUUGACCCACCAACAGAUUGGCCUGAUGAAGCCUACAAACUGAUAAAUCGACAAGAUAUGUGCCAAUUGCCGGCUGGAUGCGCCAUCCAGCCUUUGUCUUCCAUUGCUCCGGAAUUGAAUCUAAAAAUUGAAGCCCAACGAAACAAAUCUGCUGGUAGUGGUGGAAUCAGUAAAGAUGACUAUGCAGAAGACGGUAUGGAGGGCGUGAUUGACUUGCCCAUCUGGAAGUUGCUGUUUCCUCGAGAUCAUCGCAUCCAAGAGGUCCGACGUCUUUUGGGCUCUUCGCGGCCUGUUGUAGUUGUGCUCCCGGCGUCGCAACAACAAGGACUUAGUGAGCAUGAAUUGAUCGAGGAGAGAGAGAAGCAAUUACUGGUUCUCUGCAUUCGUAUCAUGGCGAUCUCAGUCGGCCGCGGAAUGCUCACUCUUCAUACAGCUACGCCUACCGUCACGGAAACUUUGUCCAUUCCAAAGUUGUGUUUGACCGGCAAGACGCCUCACAACGGCGCUGCUGUAGAUAUGACUCACAUUGACGUACCUGCCAAUAUGUCACUUUGGCCGCAGUUUCACAAUGGUGUGGCGGCCGGUUUAAGGGUGUCUCCUGGUACAAAAUAUGUUGAUAGUAAUUGGAUUAAUUUGAGUCGUGGUGGCAAUCGUCCUGGACAAACUGCAGCGACGCCCGCGUUAGGCGAAUUAAAUGCUGAGGUGGCCGGUUUCUUGCUCGGGCUGGGAAUAACUGGGCAUUUGAAUAAGUUCAAUGACCUCGUUAUUCAUGAACAUCUAAACCGCGAUCAUGAAAUGACUCAACUGGCUUUGGUCUUGGGACUCGGCAUUGGAAAACGCGGUUCUAUGGAAGCCGAUACCCUUCGCAUCAUUUCUGUGUACGUUGAAUCUCUGUCACCAGCAUCGUCCUCUAGCAUCAACGGCUGUGGUGGUGGAUCGAUUGAAGUACCUCAGAACGUACGGGUGGCUGCCCUCAUGUCCAUUGGUUUCCUUUAUCAAGGAUCAGCGCAUCGCUACAUGACAGAGGUGCUUCUGGACGAAAUUGACCGACCUCCUGGACCAGAGAUGGACAACUGUGUGGAUAGAGAGUCCUAUUCUCUUUCUGCGGGCCUUGCGCUUGGUUUAGUGACACUUGGUCAAGGCGGUCAAAUGACUGGGUUAGCCGAUCUUCGGUUAGCAGAUACGCUUUACCAUUUCAUGGUGGGUGGAACCAAGCGCAAUUGUAAUUCAUCAAAUGCGAAACCUCGAAGCACGAUGUCGUCAGCCAGCUAUCAAAUUCGCGAAGGUAAUACGGUCAACGUGGAUGUCACUGCUCCGGGGGCCAUUCUUGCUCUCGGACUCAUGUUUCAUCGAACAAAUAAUACAGCCGCGGCAAAGUGGAUGGAAGCCCCUGAUUCGCAGCAAUUACUCGACUCAAUACGCCCCGAUUUUCUUCUUUUGCGUACAUUAGCGCGUGGAUUGAUACUAUGGGACGACGUAAUGCCAACACGGGAUUGGGUGGAGUCUAAUGUUCCUCCUAAUAUUCGACGCUAUUCCCUGCGCAAUCCGGGCGAUCCGGAUAGUCAGUCACAACAAGUCGAUUACGAGACGAUGAAUCAAGCAUUUUACAACAUAAUGGCUGGUUCCUGUUUUGUUCUCGGUUUAAAGUUUGCCGGAUCCUCCAACGCAGAAGCCUUCAAUACUCUGUAUCGUUAUUCUAAAGUGUUAAUCUCGCUAUCGGGUCGUUCCGUGGCCGAGUGGGCCGGUAAAGCCACCCUUGAAGCCUGCCUUAACACACUCGUCUUGUCCCUUUCCAUGGUCAUGGCGGGCACAGGUGAUUUACAGGUUCUCAGGCUUUGUCGACAUCUUCGCAUGAGGAGUGGAACGUUCAGCAAUGUCGUUACGUAUGGAUCUCACAUGGCGACCCACAUGGCCCUUGGAUUUCUCUAUUUGGGAGGCGGUCGACUAUCGCUUAGCACGUCCCCAGAAGCAAUCGCUGCAUUAGUUUGCGCUUGCUACCCAAAAUUCCCCACUCAUUCCAAUGACAACCGAUACCACCUCCAAGCGCUUCGACACUUGUACGUUCUAGCUACGGAGCCCCGAUUGCUAAUGCCGAUAGAAAUCCCGAAUAUGCAACCAUGCUAUACAACUCUGCAGGUGGUCUUCAACAACGCCGAUAGCUCAUCAUUCCAGUUGCGGGCUCCAUGUCUUUUGCCUGAAUUACGGUUUCUCCAGCGUGUCCAGCUGCUCGACCCUCGCUAUCGCACCAUUGUUUUUGAUCGACAGCAUAACUGGAAUAAGCUGAAAUGCAUUCUUCAAGGCAAAGAUCAUCUUAUCGUUCAGCGAAAGGCGGGAUGUUUGUCCUACGCUGAAGAUCCAACUGGAUUGGCAUCAUUGGCCACGCCAACGCUUUCGGCAUGGGCUAUCCGUGCUUCUACAGUCGCGAACUUCACCACGGACAAGUUUGUUAUAUUUCUUUGUCGCCACUUUCUUGGUGCUCCAGAGAAAGGACAAACGCAGAUUCUUAUCAAGCAGGAAUGUAAACCAUUAGACACGCAGCUUCGGUUGCUCAGUCUCGUCCUGAAUGAUUGCGUUGUUAAUGAGAAGACCGAAAUGGUUAAGCCGUGGUUGCAGCUUCUACACAAAUCUGGUCAACGCGACUCGUCUACUCUGCCUCUGUGGCAGCUCAAGUUUCUCAUCAACUUCCCUGUGAAUAGUUCGCCCUCCUCCAAGUCGACACCAUUCAUUGAUCCGGAAAUGGUAUUGGCUCUUCGACACGAACUCGAGUCUACUUGGGAUCACAUUGAUGCGGAACUGCGAACUAGCCUCCACAAUUACUUCGCGGGCAAAGACACUCCGCGUGAGCGUUCGCAGUCGGUGGAUUUGGCUAAUCUGACUGUGUUCUAUGACCUUCCCUUGCCUUUGCCUAAAUUUGCAGCUGAUCCUGUUUCGCUACUGAUUCAGUCAGGGGAUCAAAAGUUAGCUGCCCGUUUAGCCAUUCUUCUUCACCUGUGAUGGUAAAAUCUCUCGGAUCAAUUUCUAAAAUAAAUUAUUAUAGGCUGUUUAGAACAUCACUUUUUCCCAACGUAGGGGAUAUGGUGUGGCCAGUUCGCGAAAGAAAAAAAUAACAUUUCUUUUCAAUAAGUCAUCCUUUAACUACCUUUAAAUUUCCCUUUACUACUUAGUUCACUACCAAAAAAUGGUAUGUUACAAUGAUUUGUGCACGUUAAUAUCAUAAAUCUUACUGUCCUUCA